AUGUCAACGGGCAGGAACGAUGCUGCGAUGGCACACACAGGCCCGGCUGGUGCUUCCGUUGCUGGAGGAGCGGGACGAGGGCUUUCGCAACGACCCGAUCCAGUCCGCCUCGCCCUGAGGAAGCUCAUCCCGGCCGGCGUCCUCUUCCUCCCCGUCUUCUUCAUCACCGCGCUGUGGAUGUAUGGCGCACUCUACCACACCGCAGAACACGCUCACAACCUCAGCGUCCUCGUGGUCGACUUUGACGGCGGAUCAGUGGGCGCCGCACUUCUCGCCGCCGUUCGGUCCGUCAACGGCCAGAAGACGCUUCCGACAUUCGUCGUCGCCAACGCGAGCUCCAUCACUCGCGACGAAGCGUUACAUAGGGUCUUUGAUGGAGAGUACUGGGGAGCGGUGUUCGCGACGGCAGGCGCGACGAGUCGGUUCGAGGCGGCUUUGGCGGGCGGAGGUGCAGCGGCGGGCUACAACGCCUCGCAGGCGUUCGAGUACAGCGGACUCGAGGUUCGAUAUCCUACAGCUUGGUCCGCCGUCGUCCUUUCCGCCCUCAAUCGCGUCCUGCAGACGAACGCACACAUCUUCAACGCACAGACUGUCGCGCCUCUCCUCGCCUCCAGUACCGCCCUCUCGCCUUCUGCGGCUCAAGUAGCCGUCAACCCGCUCGGCUCGACUUACAUCAACCUGACGCCCUUCUCGUUCGGUUCGCGAAUCGUCCUGAACACUAUUGGCUUUGUCUAUCCAUUCCUCUUCCAAUUCUUCUUCCUUCUCGCGCUCAACGGCAUCUUCACCGCAACGGGCGCAUAUCGCAACCUCUCGCUCGCACGCCACCUCACUCUCCGCCUCUGCAUCUCUAUCCCAUGGACCCUCGCAACUUCGCUCUGCGUCGCGAGUUGGGCAGUCAUGUUUGACGAGUCGUACGAUAUGAAGGCGAAGAACUUCUUUGCUCUGUGGGCUGUCUUGUGGGUCUUCUCGACAAUCACGUUCGAUACGUUCGACAUCCUUUCGACCUGGAUCCCACCUGCUUUUCUCGCCUACAUCACCAUCAACGUCAUCAUCAUGAGCGUGUCCGCCGUGAUCUGGCCUAUCGAGCUCGCGAACCGCUUCUACCGGAUCCACUAUGCCUUCCCCAGCCACGCCACCUGGUCAACGAUGAUCACCAUCUUCGGAAACGGCGCCGUAAACCGCCUCUACCGCGACCUCCCUAUCCUUGCAGCUUGGCUUGUGGUCCUGAAGAUCGGCGUUGUCCUCUCGCUGCGGAAGAGGGCACGGGAGGGUGUAGCGGUGGCGGGAGGAACGGAGACGGCGCCUCCUGCGGAGUCUGCGGGAGAGAGGGAAGCAGCCCUGAGUGCGCGCUCAGUGUCAGACGAGGAGAAGUAG